AUGGUGACGGGAAGAGGGUCUGGGACCGGUGGCCUGGCUGCUCCAAGCCAAAUCCGGUCCCGCUUGCCCAAUACGCUGGUUGCCCUGUUUGGGGCGGCAGCGUUGCUUCGGAUCGGUCUGAUUGCUUACAGUGACUAUCAAGAUCGCCAUGCAGCUGUCAAGUAUACAGACAUUGACUAUGUCGUCUUUUCAGAUGCGGCCGAGCAUGUGGCGGCUGGGCGUUCUCCCUACGAUCGAGCAACCUAUCGCUACACCCCGUUGCUGGCCUGGUUCCUUGUGCCCAAUCUGGCCUGUCCAUGGUUUGGCAAAGCUCUUUUCGCUGCUUGCGACCUUCUAAUCGCAGCCAUUCUCUAUCAACUAGCCUCUGCAGCGAGUGACCAAACCCAAUCGCUCAAUGGCGGCCGCUUCUGGCUCCUGGUAGCCUGGCUGUUCAAUCCCGUGGUCUUUGUCGUUUCCACCCGCGGUUCUGCCGAAUCCCUCAUUGUUCUUGCCGUCCUGGCCAUUCUCCUGAUGGCCAGCCUGCGCCGCGCUGCUUGGACCGGCUUGGCCCUAGGCUUGGCCAUCCACCUCAAACUAUUUCCCAUCAUUUAUAGCCUACCCCUCUUCUUGUACUUUGGUCCCCGAGGUCGACCGCGAGGGGUGGUUGCCACGGCGGCUCGGCUCUGGCCUUCAACAUCCGACCAGUGGUGGCUCAUCUCCACCACUGGCGUAUCCCUUGCUGGUCUCACGCUCGUCUUUUGGAUCGGAUAUGGGAAUGAAUUCCUCUUUGAGGCUUACGGCUACCACUUUGUGCGCACAGACAUCAAGCACAAUUUUUCCGCCUACUUUUAUUUCAAUUAUCUGACUGCCCUGAACCCCCACGAAUCGGGCAUCGCACUUCUGGCUGGCCUCAUUGGGUUUCUGCCUCAGGCCGGAGUGCAGCUGGCAGCUGCUCUGGCGUUGCACCGAGACUUAAUAGCUUGCUUCUUCGUUCAGACACUCACUUUCGUGGCUCUUAAUAAGGUCUAUACAUCCCAGUAUUUCCUUUGGUAUCUACCUUUGGGGUUGCUGCAUUUCAUCCGCCUGUCCCCGUGGCGCUGGCAAUGGGCGAUGGGGCUCUGGCUAGGCGCGCAGGCCAUCUGGCUCGGAAGUGCCUAUCUGCUCGAGUUCCAGGGGCUGAAUGUUUUCUCUGCAGUUCAUUUGGCAAGCCUAGGCAUGCUGGUCAUGCAUGUGAGCGUGAUGUGGUUGGCCCUUGCUCUUCGUUCUUAA